AUGGAUGAAGCGUAUCUCUUCCGCACGUACAGGGGCGAGAGCAACCACGCACAUAACGUCGAAAUCUGGGAGGCCGCACGGGCGACGUCUGCGGCGCCUGGAUUCUUCGACCCUAUUGAGAUCAAGAUUGAGGCAACAAAGGCAUAUUAUUGCGAUGGCGCUCUGGCCCACAACAACCCUGCGAAACUCGUUCUCGAUGAGGCCGAUUCCCAGCUCGGCUCAAGUCGGAAACUGGGGUUUCUUCUGAGCUUGGGUACGGGACUCAAGAGAGGUGACACGGCCGCGUUUGUGAAGGGUGACGCCAAAAGUGCGACUGAGCUUGCUGCGCAGACUCCGAAACGAUCUACACGGAAUCUCAGCGGGUCUCUUUUCUCUCGCGACAGCAUCCCAGUAUUCCAACACAUGAAAAUGGUCUUGACAGACCCCGAGGGAACACAUUGUGAACUCGACCAGCGGUUUCGGGAUGUUCCUAACGCAUACUUCCGCCUCAAUUUAAGUGGGGGCGCUGCGAACAUCGGGCUGGACGAGUACAAGAAGAUGGGCUUUCUACGAGAGGCAACAGAAAAGUAUCUGCUAAAGGACGAUGUCUCGGCUACUAUCGACAGAAUUGUCAGCUUAUUGUACAACAAAGAAGGCGCUGAGAUGCCUCUGGAAGCGACCUGCCGAGCAACAUCGUAUGAAGCCUUCAAGAACGUCAUGGUUCAGGAAGCUCGGAAUAGAGUCAUUACCAGUCCCCAGUUCGUUGGUAGAACAACCAUCUUAGACAAGCUUGAUCAGCACUUCUGGGAGCGUAAGCCUGGGUCAUCUCCACGAAGACUUCUUCGGAUUUGGGGCAUGGGCGGUGUAGGAAAGACGCAGAUUGCACUGAAGUUUAGGGACUUGCAUGCGUCUCGGUUUGGCCGAGUUUUCUGGAUCAAUGCUGCCUCCACAGAUUCCAUAUUCGAAAGCUUUCGAAAAGUGACAGGUGACAUAUACGGCGGUAACCCCAGCAAACCCAAUGUUGAAGGAGUUCUCAAAUGGCUCAACGCGAAUCCCCAAGAAGAAUGGCUGCUUGUUUUCGACAACAACGAUACAGACUCUGUUGACGUACGCAAGUACAUCCCGGAGGGAGACACGGGAAACAUUCUUUUCACGAGCAGACGAAAAGACACCAAGCCCAGUCUGGACCGCGAUCAAACCUACGCCGUCGACAUCAUGGACGAGGCAGACGCCAAGAAGCUGCUACUGCGGGCGGCAAAGCUGGGAGACCAGCCACUGUACAGCCACAACGACCGACAGGCUGCGCAGAUCGUCAAAGAACUUGGCUACCUCCCACUCGCCAUCGAUCAAGCUGGGUCCUAUAUUGAUGUGCAGGAGUGCACUUUUGAACAGUAUCUGUUCGAAUUCCGAACCGGGAGAAAGGACCUCAUGGAGGAUCCGUCGAUGGGCCGUGGCGCGUUCCAAGACAACCCGGCCGUGUGCGGAACCUUCGAACUGUCUUACAAGGCCUUGAAGAAGAAGUCAACGGAAGACAGCCGAGAAGGGCGAGCGGCUCUAAAUGCCAUACGUAUUCUCUGUAUCUUCUGCUUCUACAACAACGAGGCCCUUGUGGCUGAGAUCAUGGACCGAGCGGCUGUCUAUGACAAAUUCGAAACAGGAUGCCUCGAAGGAGAUGCUGAAAGCAUAGCCCCAUUACCUCUACUCCAACGCGAAAAGAACGGCGAAUGGGAUCCUAGAGAUUUCGUGGGCGGUAUCACCGUUCUUCAGAGUUAUUCUCUCAUCAAAAAGUCUGCAGUGAACAAUAGCUGGUUUUCGAUGCACAUUCUUGUUCAUUCCUGGGCUCGAGACCGUAUGGACCCUCAGACUUUAGCAUUCCAACGACGAGCAGCUCGCGAAAUCCUGUUCUUUACUGUCUACAGACGAAGCGGGCACAGCGAUGAGCGCUGGGCUAGCAGAGUGCUACCGCAUCUGCGUGCUUGCGUGGAGCACGAAGGCACAGAGAAUAUUGAGUAUAUGAAACGAACGGAACAGGAGGGCAAGUUUGCGGCAACCCUCAUCUUGUUGGGGCUUUGGCAAGACGCCGUCACCCACUGGCAAUGGAUUGCCUUCGACAGAGAGCAAACCCUGGGUCUCGCCGAUCGAGCCACGAUAUCGGCCAUGUGGGACCUAGCGAAGGCUUACCGGGACUGGGGGCGCUUGGAGAAGGCUGAAGAUACCUUUGAGUUUAUCAUGGCCUGCCUCCGUGACGGCGUGAUAAUACCCGUAUCCCUCAUCUGCAACAUUUUCGUCGACAUCGCGACGGUCUACAUUCUACAGGCAAGGUACUCGAAGGCCGAGACAAUACUAAAAAAUGUUAUUAAAGAACAGGAGAAGCGGGGGUGGGAUUCGCUCUCUUAUCGCCGCGCCACAACAACGCUGGUAACCGUUUUGCGGAUGCUCGGCGACCAAGUUAAAGCGUUAUCCCUGGAAAUCUUCGUUAUGGAAAAAAUCCGCACAUCCAAGAUAACCGAAUCUACUGCACGUAUGGCAAUGAGCAGCAUGAGCAGCUUGGCCAACAUUCACUCCGAGCUAGGGGUUCACGAGGAGGCGGACGAUAUGUGGCACAAGGUGCUUGAUCUUAACAGAGACUGGCGAGAUGAAAACCACCCGAUAACGUUGCAGGUGAAGCGCGGCGUGGCGAUGGGCCGGGCGAACCUAGACAAACUAUGGGAAGCCGAAGAUAUUCUGCGGGAGGUUCUGGAGACAAGCGAGAGGGUACUUGGAAGGGGUCACCUCGACACUCUCACUACCAUGGACCAACUCGCUGGAGUGCUCGUCAAGCGCGGAAAACACGAGGAAGCCGAGAAGCUGUGGACGUCUUGUCUCGAAGGGAGGCAGAUCUGGCUACGCGACGGUCAUCCGCUGACGGACAGGACGAGAAAGGCCCUGUCUCGUAUGGCGGGAGAAACCAUGAUGCUUACGCAGGAGGACUUUGGGAGCGAUGGCUUCCUACAAUAUGGAGACAGCAAUUUUGUGUCUCAAGCUGAGCGAGACGUUUACUUACAUUAA